AACAGGGGCUGCGGAGACCCGCCGGCGCCGGAGUGGACGCAGCGCUAGCAGUCUUCCUGCGGUCCGAUUCAGUCAUACUGCAUUUCGCGGCCAGCCGCGGGUUUGGCGGCUGAAGUUAUGCAGCCCCGUGGCGAGCGGCCUGCUGGCAGGACGCAGAGUCCAGAGCACAGUAGCCCGGGGCCCGGGCCCGAGGCGCCACCGCCGCCCCAGCCACCGGCCCCUGAGACAGAUCGAGCUCGGCCCAGGCAGGCCCGGCCUGCAGCCCCCAUGGAAGGUGCGAUGCAGCUGCUGAGCCGAGAGGGUCACAGUGUGGCACACAACUCGAAGCGGCACUACCACGAUGCCUUUGUGGCUAUGAGCCGCAUGCGGCAGCGUGGCCUCCUGUGCGACAUCGUCCUGCAUGUGGCAGCCAAGGAGAUUCGUGCUCAUAAGGUGGUGUUGGCCUCCUGUAGCCCGUACUUCCACGCCAUGUUCACAAAUGAGAUGAGUGAGAGCCGCCAGACACAUGUGACGCUGCAUGACAUUGACCCUCAGGCCUUAGACCAGCUGGUGCAGUUUGCAUACACUGCAGAGAUCGUGGUGGGCGAGGGCAACGUUCAGACUCUACUCCCAGCUGCCAGCCUGCUGCAAUUGAAUGGUGUCCGAGAUGCCUGCUGCAAGUUCCUCCUGAGCCAGCUUGACCCUUCCAACUGCCUGGGCAUUCGAGGAUUUGCAGACACACACUCAUGCAGUGACCUGCUCAAGGCAGCACACAGGUACGUGCUGCAGCACUUCGUGGAUGUGGCCAAGACCGAAGAGUUCAUGCUGCUGCCACUGAAGCAGGUGCUGGAAUUGGUCUCUAGCGAUAGCCUGAACGUGCCUUCAGAGGAAGACGUCUAUCGUGCAGUCCUGAGCUGGGUCAAACAUGAUGUAGACACUCGGAGACAGCAUGUACCACGGCUGAUGAAGUGUGUACGGCUGCCUCUGCUGAGCCGAGACUUCCUAUUGGGCCAUGUGGAUGCUGAAAGCCUUGUGAGGCAUCAUCCUGACUGCAAGGAUCUACUCAUUGAGGCUCUUAAGUUCCACCUACUUCCUGAGCAGAGAGGUGUUCUGGGUACUAGCCGCACAAGACCCCGACGCUGUGAGGGUGCUGGUCCUGUGCUCUUUGCUGUGGGUGGUGGGAGCCUGUUUGCCAUCCAUGGAGACUGUGAAGCAUAUGACACUCGAACUGACCGCUGGCAUGUGGUGGCCUCCAUGUCCACACGCCGGGCCCGUGUGGGAGUCGCUGCUGUUGGAAACCGACUCUAUGCUGUGGGCGGCUAUGAUGGAACCUCAGACCUGGCUACGGUGGAGUCCUAUGACCCUGUGACAAACACAUGGCAGCCCGAGGUGUCCAUGGGCACAAGACGAAGCUGCCUGGGUGUAGCUGCCCUGCAUGGGCUUCUGUAUGCUGCCGGUGGCUAUGAUGGGGCUUCCUGCCUCAACAGGUAUGCUGAACGAUAUGACCCACUGACAGGAACAUGGACAUCCAUUGCUGCCAUGAGCACCCGGAGGCGAUAUGUGCGUGUGGCGACACUUGAUGGGAACCUGUACGCCGUGGGUGGUUAUGACAGUUCAUCACACCUGGCCACCGUGGAGAAGUACGAGCCCCAGGUGAAUUCAUGGACACCUGUGGCCUCCAUGCUGAGCCGGCGCAGCUCAGCAGGUGUAGCGGUGCUGGAGGGUGCCCUGUAUGUGGCAGGGGGCAACGAUGGCACAAGCUGCCUCAACUCAGUGGAGAGAUACAGCACCAAAGCUGGUGCCUGGGAGAGUGUGGCACCCAUGAAUAUCCGCAGGAGUACACAUGACCUGGUAGCCAUGGACGGAUGGCUCUACGCUGUUGGGGGCAAUGAUGGCAGCUCCAGCCUCAACUCCAUAGAGAAAUACAACCCGAGGACCAACAAGUGGGUGGCAGCGUCCUGCAUGUUCACGAGACGCAGCAGUGUGGGUGUGGCAGUGCUGGAGCUGCUCAACUUCCCACCACCUUCCUCACCCACGCUGUCUGUGUCCUCUACCAGCCUCUGACACACGUCAGACUGCACAGAGGCCCUGCAGCCUCCUACAUGCCUUAAACCCUACGGGGUGGCCCUACCACCUCUGUCUCCUCCACCAAGUGUUAGGGCAGAUCACAUAUCUCACCAGAGAGCUCCUGCUCCUUCUGUCUUGGUCUCUGUGUUCAUUUGUCCUUGUUCAUUUAUUUGUGUGCUGUUUGUUCACUCACUUAUUUAUUGAUUCACUAUUUAUUGAUGGAUGAGAAGUGCUGCAGCUGCCAGUUCACACAUGUACUCUCAAUUGUCAGCUCCCCUGCAUGUAGGGACCACGGAGCCCUUCAGAGUGCCCUCCUGCCUGUCUGCCUUUGUGGAGCAGCAGAGCAUCCUGGGGGUGGACACUCACUGAAGGAGGGUAAACAGCAGUAGCUAGGCCUUGCAAACAGUAGGGGCCAGAGCAACCAGAGCAGAGGCAAGGGCUUUCUGAGAAGAUGCAGACCCCAACCAGAGCUUUGCACACAGCACUUACCUGUCUCUGCCAGGGACUGUCCCUGAAGGGCAAAAAGCAAAUUUAUUUCUUUUUGUCUUGUGUAUACAGUGUGAUGUCUUUUCUGGGUCUUCUGUGGAGCUGGGCACACAACAUGCACUUAGAUCCUACACAGCAAUAUGAGCCAACUUGAACAAUAAACAUAUUUCUUGGGCCUUGUGGGCCUGAGGCUGAAUGUCCAUCUCUGGCCCCUUUUGUACGCUCUGCUUCUGGGCCUUCAGCACAUCUUUGGCUCCUGUCUGGACAACAAGGUGAAGGUCGACAGGCAAGUGUGCAGCCAGGCUUGGAUGCCACACUCAUGUCUGGGACUGCAAAAUGGCAGAGCAGAGACUGGUAUAUGGGUUAGCCAGCAGAGACGGGCUGUCGUCCUAGUCCCGAGGCUCCCAUGCUCGGGGGCUGUGGAGGGCAUGAGGAAGAUCGGCCCCAACUUUAUCGUUCCUGUCUUAG